UCAAUCACUGCCACCAAGUUACAAGAACUUUGUGAUGAACUACAAUAUGCAGAACAUGAACAAGGAGUUACCUGAACUCUUUGGCAUGCUAAAAGCUGCUGAGAUUGAGAUCAAGAAAGAGCACCAAGUGUUGAUGGUCAACAAGACCACCAGUUUCAAGAAACAGGGCAAGUCUAAAGGAAAAUUCAAGAAGGGUGGCAAGAAAGCUGCCACGCCUCCUAUGAAACCUAAGAACGGCCCUAAGCCUGAUGCUGAGUGCUAUUACUGCAAGGAGAAGGGACACUGGAAGCGUAAUUGCUCCAAGUAUCUGGCUGAUCUAAAGAGCGGCCUUGUCAAGAAGAAGAAAGAAGGAACUAAAGAAUAAACGACAACUGCUGAAAGAUGAAGUGACGAUGCGCGUUGGAAACGGAUCCAAGGUCAAUGUGAUCGCAGUCGGGACACUUCCUCUACAUCUACCUUCGGGAUUAGUUUUAAGCCUAA